AGGUAGCACGGGUGGUUAAUGCCGUUCACACGAACACAAGAGACGCACCGUCGUCCUCUCUCUUUUUCGCCAAUUAAAAUCGAAGUAUUAUAACCAAUCAGGAAGAACCACACUCGCUCCACAUGCCUUCGUGACUCCUCCGGUUCUUUUCAAUUUCAGAUGGGCGUCGGGUGACAAGGGAAACUCAACCCCGCAGCAAAGUGCCACUUGUCCGUUGGGCCUUCACGUCAUCGCCCGACGCGACCCUCUCUUAUGGCCCUCCGAAAUUUUGCAUCGCGUCCGCAGUCUCUCGCCAGGCCAUUUGCAGUCGGGCCUCGUUGAAGCGUAACUUUUGAUCUGAUCGAUGGUCACCAAUACCUCCAAAUCUAACACGCGAUCCCCUCUAACUCUCACCAACCUUUUCUUCUAACACUAUUUGACCAUUGACCGAGCCACGGCGCUCUCUUGCCAAUGCCCGACGGCGAUCAGACCAACAACGGAGAUUACGAAUACAUCGACUACCACAUUUUCCCCCCCGUUGAGCAUGAGAGGUUGUUAUCAUGGAAGGCUGGAACAGGGAGUGUGCUCGUCGCCGCUCAAAAAGGCAGGCCCCAGAAAACGGAUACGGACGAAGAGGAUGUUGCCGUUCCUCGAGGUAAUAAAGUGUUAGUGAUGCAGGCAAUAGUUAAAUUGGUGACGAAAAAUGCCUAGUAAGGAAAUACAGUCUAGAGUAUCUCGAAGCCCUUUACAAAGCCCAACAUCAAAUCCAACUUGUAAUCCAU